GGGGCUGUGGGGCUGUCGGGCCGCGGCCCCGCUCCGCCCCGGCUCGGCCCCGCGCCGAGCGGGACGCGCACGCCGAGGAGGAGGAGGAGGAGGAGGAGGAGGAAGGUGAUCGCUCGCCCGCUCGCUCCUGCCGCCGCUCCGGCAUGAGCGCGGCUUUCCAGCCCUCGCUGAUGAUGAUGCAGCGCCCGCUGGGAAGCAGCACGGCCUUCAGCAUCGACUCGCUCAUCGGUAGCCCCCCGCCGCCCGCCCCCGGCCACUUCGUCUACACCGGCUACCCCAUGUUCAUGCCCUACCGGCCCGUGGUGCUGCCGCCGCCGCCGCCGCCGCCGCCGGCGCUGCCGCAGGGCGCUCUGCAGCCCGCGCUGCCCCCCGCGCACCCCCACCACCACCAGCUGCCCAGCCUGCCCACCGGCUUCUGCUCCAGCCUGGCCCAGGGCAUGGCCCUCACCUCCACCCUCAUGGCCACGCUGCCCGGCACCUUCCCCGCCUCCCCGCAGCACCAGGAGGCCGCCAGGAAGUUCGCACCCCCGGGGAACUUCGAGAAAGCCGAAGGGAUACCCCCGGACGGCGGCGGCGACGAUGGCAAAGCCUUCCUGGGGAAGGACGGAGCCCUCCUGCCCUUCCCCGCCGCCGACGCCGUCCAGGCUUCCCUCGCCGGGGCUCUCCGGGGCCAGGGCAAGGAGGACCCCAAAGCAGAAGAGGAUGCGAAAGGCAAGGAGGAAAGUUUCUCCAUGGACAGCGAUCUAGACUAUAGCUCGGACGACAACAUCACCGGCCAGGUGGCUCACAAGGAAGAGGACUCUGGCAAUGUGCUGGAGGAAAACACCCAGAACCCCCCCAAUUCCACCAACACCACAUCCACGGGCAAAAACCGGCGGAGGCGAACAGCCUUCACUAGCGAGCAGCUGCUGGAGCUGGAAAAGGAGUUUCACUGCAAAAAGUACCUGUCCCUGACGGAGAGGUCCCAGAUCGCUCACGCCCUCAAACUCAGCGAGGUGCAGGUGAAAAUCUGGUUCCAGAACAGACGGGCAAAAUGGAAACGGGUCAAGGCGGGCAAUGCCAACUCCAAGACAGGGGAACCUUCCCGAAACCCUAAGAUCGUGGUCCCCAUCCCGGUGCACGUCAGCAGGUUUGCGAUCAGGAGUCAGCAUCAGCAACUGGAGCAAGCCCGACCCUGAUCUCUCCCUACGCUCAGAGCCACAAGUUUUUAAGGGAAAAGUUUCCAAAUCGGGGUUUAAAAGCAGCCCACCCGAACAAAAAUAAAAAUAAGAGAAGCAAAAAAAAUAAAAAAAUCAAACCCUUAAAUAAACAAAAAAA